AUGGCUGAGAAGGGAAUUAUCUCUGAGCGACCAAUGUUUUUGUUAGUUUUCAUAGUGUUCUUACAUCUGUUUAUAUGUCCCUUCACCAAAGUAGAGGAAAGUUUCAAUUUACAAGCAAUACACGAUAUCAUUUACCACAGAACUGAUUUAGAAAAGUAUGAUCACCAUGAAUUUCCAGGUGUGGUUCCUCGCACAUUCCUUGGACCAUUGUUUAUAUCAGCACUCUCCUCACCAAUGGCCUACUUACUCUCCCUUUUUGGUGCCCCCAAAUUUUACACACAAGUCCUUGUGCGAGGUGUUUUAGGGAUAUGUGUCUCCCUCACCCUUUGGCAAAUGCAGCGUGAAGUUCGGAGACAGUUUGGAUCCACAGUGGCUGGGCUGUUCUGUUUCAUUUGCUCAUCACAGUUCCACCUGAUGUUUUACUGCACAAGGCCUCUUCCAAACAUAUUUGCACUACCGAUAGUUCUAAUGGCAUUCACUUCCUGGAUGGCACAAAGAUAUGGAUCCUUCAUCUCUCUGUCUGGUUUUGUCAUAAUUGUAUUCCGCUCAGAACUAUGCCUUUUUCUUGGGCUCAUGCUUUUGAUAUCACUGUUGAGCAGGAGACUCACCUUACUGCAAUUGUUUUAUUAUGCCAUACCAACUGGGAUUUUCUCAUUGGGCCUCACUGUCAGCGUUGAUUCUUUUUUUUGGAGGACAUUGUUAUGGCCUGAGGGUCAGGUACUCUGGUACAAUACCAUACUGAACAAAAGCUCCAACUGGGGAAUCUCCCCUUUCCUGUGGUACUUCUACUCAGCAGUCCCCCGUGCUCUUGGCAGCACGGUGCUUUUUGUCCCGCUCGGCAUUCUUGACAGACGGAUGAGGACUUUGCUCCUUCCAACACUGGGCUUCAUCCUACUGUACUCUCUGCUCCCCCAUAAGGAGCUCCGCUUUAUUAUUUACACCUUCCCCGUGUUAAAUGUGGUGGCUGCACGCGGAUGCUCUUUUAUUUUCAUCAACUUCCACAAAUCAUGGAUGUAUAAAAUAGGCUCCUUGCUGGUGAUAGGCCAGCUGCUGACAAACACUGUAUACUCGGGCAUUUCCCUGUACGUCUCCCAUCAUAAUUACCCUGGCGGAAGAGCAAUGCAAGAACUACACACAUUAGUCCCUGCAGAAUCAAAUGUCUCUGUACACAUAGAUGUACUUGCAGCACAGACAGGAGUCUCUCGCUUCUUAGAACUGAAUUCUAACUGGCAGUAUGACAAAAGAGAGGAUUUGGCUCUUUCAGACCCACGUAUGAAGGAAUACUCACAUAUAUUGAUGGAGGCAAACUCAACCCAGAUAGAACUACUUAGUGACUCCCACCACCCUUUGACCUUCAUCCAAGGGUACCAGAGUCUGGCACUGCAUCCUCUGCAGUUUCCACCACUGAGUGUUAAACUGAACAAUAAGCUGGUAUUGUUGGAGAGACUUUUCAAAUCUUGAAAAGAUUCAAGGUGUGACUAGAGACAUGAGUUCACUAAAAUAGUAAGGAAAUACUUUAUACAAAAAGAUGUACCCAUUCAGAACAGUGGGUGACAUAUUUGGAAAUGAAAGGCAAUUGUGGGAGCAGUUAAGACCAGUCUAUAUUUACCUGUAAAUGGUGAUGGGCUACUGUGGUGUGAAAAUCCUCAACACAAGAUAAACUGUUUUGUCACCAAUUUGUAUUUGCUUCUGGAACAGGCACCUGAAGUUGUGUAAUGACUUGGUCAUCUGCGCACCACUUCCUGUUGCUUACAAUGAAAACAUGCAAGUAUUCUCGCAGACAGUUUGUCUUGUGUAACAGGAAAAAGAAUGAAUUCUUUCUGUAAAGAGUAUUGUUAUACCUUCUCACUGUCAUGGCAUAUACUCUUAAAAGACUGUGUUCCCUGUCAGUUUGGAUUGCAAAAGAGAUCUUCAUCACAUGGUGUUAUGGUUCCAAAUUCACAAUAACAUGUA